AUGGCAGCAGCGGCAGAAGUCACAGGAGGAGGGGGGGGAGAGCCAAAUAACCUCUCGAUGAGCACAAGCCGGGACGGUCAAGCUAGCAUGCUGCAGCAGCUGUUUGCUGAGGGGCUCGACAUGUAUGUGCUCGAUGUGCUUUCAAUGAUGUACAAGCGGAAGAAGUUUGACCAAGCGGAGGAGAAGUGGAGGAAAGCGCUGGAGAUAGAUCAGAACGAUGUGCAAACGCUGCUGCACUACUCAGUGAUGGUCAGAGAUCACUUUCAGGACAAGGAGAGAGCAGAUCAGCUCAUGAGACUCGCGCUGGGAGAAAGUCAGCCGUACGUUUCAGUGGGUUUGCGACAGCCUGCGAACAAAGACGAAGUGGGAAUGAAGCUACAUCGCCAGCCGAGGCUUGUGCCGCAGAAGAAAGAUAUGAAGAAGAUGUUGUUCUUCCGCCAGAGCUUGCGAAGCAAAGUUGAGUUUCAUAGCCUCAAGUUCAUGAAGAUGCAGCUGAAGGACGUGUGGGACGAGAAUGAUGAGAGCCUCGACAUGGAGCACCGAUGA